CAAGAAAUCCAAACCUGCCACGUCGUUACACGACACCUAUCGAAUAAACUGGACGCCCUGCCCGGAUCCCGAAUCCAAGGAACCCCAAUCCUAGCUUUAUCCAACUAUUACCGCCAACAACAAACCACUUAUUCACCUCCACCGCCGGCACUAGAGCCCACGAACCCAUCUUUUACCGCCCUCGUCCAUGCACGUCAACGACCGCUUUUACCAUCCGAUGCCGUAACAAGAGUUCGACGCCCGUUGGACCACUCCUCGAUCGAGAUCGCGACCCCUCGAGAUGCUUGUUGCCCAGCCGCCCAAUCAACCUGUUACGUCUCUGUACCGGAACUGGCUCCUGUCUCGAACGACCCAGGCCUUUUUUCCCAACAGAACCGUUCUCAGGGUCCGCCGCCUUCGUCUCGUGAGCGAAACAUUUGCCCAGAGCCAACUCUUCUUCGAAAGUCUUUACUUUAUGUCGUGAUACCCGGCUCCGAACCAGACUCCAGCAGACUCGGAUGGCCGCCCACCGGACCUCGACGCUGCCGCCUCCAGAAACCAAUGUCCGACACUUCCGGCAUCCACCCGUUCGCUUUGUCAUGA